AUGCCAUCACUGGUUUCAGAAUAUGCAGCCGGCACGCUGUUCGGUGGCGCGCUUUUCGCGGCUGGAGUCUUUGCGCCUAGCACGAUUGUCGCGCAGAUGGAACUCGAGGACUUUACUAUGGUCAAGGCAAUGUUGGGAGCGAGUGCUACGAGCGCACUCGUCGUACAUCUAGCCGAUUCAACAGGGCUCGCAGCAAUGAAACCCCGUACUCCCCAAUCCAUCGGUUUCUUCCCUUACGACGGCAACAUCAUCGGCGGCGCCAUGAUCGGUAUAGGAAUGGCAUUGACGGGCGCAUGUCCUGGUACCGUCUUCGUCCAAGCAGGCGCAGGUCUUCCUAGCGGCAUCUUCGUUCUCGGCGGUGGAAUCCUCGGAGGUCUGCUCUUCGUCUUCACUCAAUCCAGCAUCGCCAGAUUUUGUGACGGCAGAGCAAGCAGCAAGACAAACUCUGAAUUGACCAUUCCCAAGAGUGUUGGCGUUAGUCCUUGGGUCGUUCUUGCCAUGUGGGAAAUCAUGUGCUUCGGCAUGCUGCAGCUGCUUUCUGCUGUCAAGAGCCAUGCCACCGGAGCACAAGGUCUUGUGUCACCUGUGCUUGGAGGCCUUCUCAUUGGAACUGCUCAAGCUUGUGCUAUUGCACUCACUCGCCAUACUGUCGGUACAUCUGGUGCCUUCGAGGAUGUUGGCCGCUGGAUCCGCAAUGUGAUCUCUGGAAAUGCGUCUAAAGGUCCCAUCACCGCGUCUGUCAUGUUCGAUGCUGGCAUCAUGUCUGCAAGUGCCUUGUUGGCUCGUUUCCUGCUGCCUGCUGCUGCCGCACAAGCAUCAUCACAUCUAGUCUCUCCAUCGACUGCGAUCAUCGGCGGCGCAGUGAUGGCUUUCGGAUCCAGGCUGGCUGGCGGCUGUACCUCUGGCCAUGGCAUAAGUGGUAUGGCGACGUUCUCGUGGGCCAGUCUGAUUUCGGUUGGUAGCAUGUUCGCUGCUGGUGUGUUGACCGCAGCCUUGAGGUGA